ACGAGCGUCAGUAGUGUGCUGUGCAGUAAAAAUAUGUCCCUAUGAGACUGUGACCUCCCAGUCUGUAGACAUCAGAAAGCGUGAAAGGUGUCAUGGCUUUGUCGGCCCUUGCUCGGGCCCUAGGAUCCCUCUCCCUCUCUGCUUCUUCAAACAUGGCUCAGGGAGUGCGGCCCGCCCACCUUUUGUCACAGACAGUCAAACAGUCCACAGAGCUGUGUCGGUAUUCCAGUCUGCCUUGCAGCCGAUUGUUGCUGACUGUACGGAAGACAUCGUUCUGUUUUGGCGCCCAACAGCAGCCAUGGAGAGGAAUUCUGACCUCUGCUGCGCUGUGCCAAAACAGCACCCGCUGGAAACAGAGAACCAAAUAUACCAUCCGACCAAUUGGCAAGAAGAAGACCGGAGGCAGAGAUCACACAGGGAAAAUCCGCACUCAUGGGAUUGGUGGGGGCCAUAAGCAGCGGUAUCGCAUGGUGGAUUUUCAGCGUUUAAACUUUGAAGCUGGAAAAGAAAGCGAGUUCUUUGAAGAGAAGGUCAUGGAAGUCAGAUAUGACCCCUGCAGGUCUGCAGACAUUGCAUUGGUAGCUGGUGGCAGUCGGAAGCGCUGGAUCAUUGCCACUGAAAACAUGCAGGCCGGAGAUGUUAUCAAAACUUCACGGACCAUCGGCAGAAUGGCAGUAUCUGCCAAUGAGGGAGACUCGUACCCUCUUGGAGCUCUUCCAAUAGGAUCGCUGAUAAAUAACUUGGAAAUUUACCCAGGGAAAGGAGCCCAGUAUGUCAGAGCUGCAGGAACGUGCGGAGUUCUAUUAAGAAAAGUGAAUGGAACUGCAAUUGUACAGCUACCAUCUAAGCGGCAAAUUCAGGUUCUGGAGACGUGCAUGGCCACAGUCGGACGCGUUUCCAACGUUGACCACAACAAGAGGAUAAUUGGAAAGGCUGGUCGAAACCGCUGGCUCGGGAUCAGGCCAUCGAGCGGGUUGUGGCAGAGAAAAGGUGGAUGGGCAGGAAGAAAGAUCAAACCCAUUCCUCCCAUGAAGAGCUAUGUGAAUCUGCCCUCAGCAGCAGCAGCUGCAGGCACCACCACCUCAUGAAUACACACAAACCUGUAGCUCUGUAGGAAUUGAAAACCUUCCACACUUCUAUUCACAAAAUAAACCACCAUUAAAAUC